CGCCAGGGGGCAGCUGUGUCCCGGUGUGGGGCUGCGCCGCUCCCGCUGCAUCACAGCGAGGAAAAUACCACCAGAUGGCGGUUUAGGAUUGCUGCUCUUCUCUCAAGGCGCGGUUCCGCUCCUACGGCCAAUUUUCAAUAUUAAAAUACACACGGUUUUAUAUAAAAAAUCGAUUUAUCAUCGGGGAAGGUGAUAACCGUGUCGGCGAUGGUGGUUAAAGGAGCAGGAGAGAGUUAAGAAGCAGAGUCUUGUCCAUCCUGGAACUUCUUCUUCCUGCUGUUAUCGAAACCCCCCACCCCCACCCUGUCAGCUGCCUCAUUCCACUAUCACUUGGACCUGAAACACAGCUAGGGGAAGACUGAAGGCACAGAUCCAGAAUGAUCACCUCGGAGCUUCCCGUCCUGCAGGACUCAUCCAAUGAGUCUGGGGCCACAGACACUGUGGGCUUAAGUAUGAACAUGAGUGAGAUGGACGAUCCUGAAGUAAAAGGAAAAAAGAAGAGGGGGAGGCCUGGAAAACAAGCGCAGUCGGCCAAUAAGAAACCCCGGCGGUCACCCACAGACAAGACGACGCCUGUGGCAAGAGGCCGAGGUAAAGCCAAUGGCGUUGCUCAACACAAUGGAGAUGGCACUGACCUGGUCACUCUGUUUGAAGUGGUCAAAAUGGGCAAGAGUGCCAUGCAGUCUGUGGUGGACGAGUGGAUUGAGUCGUACAAACAGGACAGAGACCUGGCUCUGCUGGACCUCAUCAACUUCUUCAUCCAGUGCUCAGGAUGUAAAGGCACCGUGAGGAUCGAGAUGUUCAGGAACAUGCAGAACGCCGAGAUCAUCCGUAAGAUGACAGAGGAGUUUGACGAGGUAAAAUCCCUUUAACUACAAAUCUUGUUU